AUGUCCGCAAACAUGCCUCUGCUGGUGCGGAAAAUUGCACCACAACUGAGCAGUCUCUUAAGAUGGGAGGGCUGCAUAAAUGCGGCAUUGUAUUUUCACUUCUUGCCAAUGGGAGCCACUCUGAGGCAGCGGUGGGAGAUCUCCGUUCUGAAAGCUAUGUGGGAGGAAGCGGGCGAUAUUCGGUUGGAGGUAUCAAUAGAUCCGCUUCUUCGAGCCCUCCAACAUUUCCCGUUGCGCCUUGGCGACCCCUGCUCCCGAGAAUCCCUGUUCCUGAUGGAGGCCGACUGCAGGGAAAGCAUGUCCAAGCUCCUUGCAGCGCUUCCUGAAAACACCGUUGCAUGCGGCGUAUCUCUGCACCAGGCCCCGCAGGGCGAUUUCAUGACCGUCUCCCGAUGCAGCUUCGGUUCAGCUCCGGUGCUCGUUACAUUCCCCUUGCCCCUCGAUGGCGGCGAAUGUGCGGAGAGAGGGGGCGGCAGGGCGCAGAUGCUCCUCAAGGAAAUUGAAAGCAUCUUUGAAGGAAUGGAGCGCUGUUUCUCUAACAUGGAGGAAGAGGGCGCUGCAUGUAUGGGGAAAUUCUGGCAGGUUCAGAGAAGGCUAGAUAGGCGCAUGGCCCACGUGCUGCAUGAGUUGGACAGCACUUGGAUUGGCCACUGGAGGCAUCUGAUGUUGGGGGCACCUUGUGACACUGGAACCCGCAAACGGCUUCAGCGGAGGGCAGCAGAUCUGGUGGCAAACUUUCUGCGCGCGCCUGCAGGCCUCCAGGGGUUCGGCGCUCUUGUGGAGAUCACCAAGACAUUGGUGUCUGGGUUGAGUGUACUAUCGGGUGCAGCAGUGCGUUUGAUGGUAGAACAGCUGCAAAGCAUUGCCGGUGUGGCAGCGGACAAGGAGCUCCUGCUGGAAAAGAUUCAGCAGGCGAACCGCGCUGUGUUUGCGGAAGGAGCAGGUUACCAAAGGCUUGGAUUGACAAGUGGCUCGCACACAGACUGGCUGGCAUUUAAGCCAGCUUGA